AUGUCCCAGUCGAAGUCAAACUGUACGUCCCAGAACCUUACCCUGUCGGUUAAAGUCGAAGUACCUCACCCAGUGCCUUCCAAAGUCGAGAAACCACUUCCCUAUGAAGUAGUCAAAGAGAUCAAAGUCCCCGAGUACAAAGAAGUCCCCUUCCCAGUGAAAGUCUACUACGACAUCCCCAAACCUUAUGACAUGUCGGUCACCGUCGAGAAAAAAGGACCGUACUUUGCGGAGAAAAUCAUCCGAGUAUCCGUCAAAGUCGAAGUGCAUCACCCAGUGCCUUACAAAGUCGAGAAACCAGUGCCGUUUGAAGUAAUCAAGUUGGUCAAAGUCCUCAAGUAUAAAGAAGUCCCCGUCCCAGUGAAAGUCUACUACGACGUCCCCAAACCUUAUGACGUGCGGUCACAGUCGAGAAAAAAAGUGCCGUAUUACGUCGAGAAGACAAUUGCAGAUAAGCCGUAA